AGAGAGUUGUUAAUCAUGGCUGCUUAUGGAGCUCUGGUUUCUCUUAUGCAUAUCAUCGAAACCCUCGAGAAACAUCCUUCUCCUCCCAUUUCUAUCAACGAAAAACAAGUUCAAUCCCUCACUCAAAACAUUACCUUCUUGCAGGAGUUUCUUGAUUGCUAUAUUUCCCCUUUUGCUGAUAGCCACGAAGCUGAUCCAUUGGAGCGUCGCAUUGCUGAUGCAGUUUACGCGGCUGAGGAUGUUAUCGAAUCCCAUAUUGUGGAUCAAAUUCACAGUGGCUCCACAAUUGUUGCAGAUCAUGAAUUCUAUCACAAUCUACAGAAAGUGAUAGAAGAAAUGGAUCUUAUCAACAAAGAGGUGAAGAGCAUUGCUGUUGAAGCUCAGACCAAGCAGAAGCCCGAUGUUACCUUGUCGGCGUCUUCUCCCACUGUGAAAGAGAACGUGAUCGUGGGCUCCAACGAAGUGUUUCUUGACGUUUUGGAUAAGCUCACCAGUGAUCAACUCAAGCGCCAGAUCAUUCCCAUCACGGGGAUGGGUGGCAUUGGUAAGACCACUCUUGCCAUGAAUCUAUUAGAGAAUGCACUUGUUAAGGAGCGCUUUAAUAUACGUGCUUGGACUACAAUUUCUCAAACUUAUAAUGUUAGAGAAACACUUAGAGAAGUUCUUUUUCGAGCAAGUGGAGAUUCAAGUAGUGAUCUGAGUGAGAAGGAGUUGGGACAAAAAUUAUACCAGCUUUUGUUCGGUAGGAAAAUUCUUGUAAUAAUGGAUGCUAUGUGGAGCAUAGAGGCGUGGGAGAAGAUAAAAUUUUUCUUUCCUGAUAACCAAAAUGGAAGUCGAAUAAUCAUAACAACUAGGUUGUCUGACUUGAGUUCUCAGUUUAACGAGUCUUGUAUAGUUGCCAUGAAAUUUCUAGAUGAGGCUAGUAGUUGGGAUUUAUUUUGUAAGACAGUGUUCGGGAAAGAAAGUUGUCCAAUUGAGUUGGAGAAGAUUGGAAAGCAUGUUGUAGCAAAUUGUUAAGGACUUCCUUUGUCAAUUGCUACAAUAGGAGGUCUAUUGGCAAAAUCUGAGCGCACAAAAGAAUAUUGGGAGCAUAUAGAUCAAAAUUUGAAUUCAAUUGUUAUUAACACUAAUGAAGGAUUUUGCUUGAAAAUAUUGAGGAUGAGUUAUAUCUAUCUGCCGAACUAUUUAAAGCCAUGCUUUUUGUAUAUGGGUGUUUUUAAGGAAGAUUACUUUAUUUGUGUGUCAGUGCUUAAGAAGUUAUGGGUUUCUGAAGGAUUUUUAAAAUCAAGGAGUGGAAAAUGUUUGGAAACUCUUGCACGAGAAUAUUUUAAGGAAUUGGUUGAUAGAAAUCUCAUUUUAGUUGAUGGAUUGGGGCUUACUGGAAACAUUAAGCAUUGUAAAAUUCAUGAUUUGUUGAGAGAUUUGUGUUUGAAAGAAGCUGAAAAGGAAAGAUUUUACCAUGUCAUAAGUGAUGAUCCUCCUGCAAGUAUUAGCGAACGUCGAGUCGUUCUUAAAACUGCAGGGUUGUUAGGAUCUUUGUCACAUACUCGUUCCAUAAUAUGUCAGUAUGACAAAGCAGUACAUGAGCAUGGCAAAAUCCUACCCUCUCAGGAUAUUCGAUUGUUGAGGACAUUCAGAGCAUGUCAUUAUUAUGUUUUUUUCCUAGAAAAUGUGUUUGAAUUGGUGAACUCACGGUUCCUUGCUAUCAGUGUUCAUGAUGAGUCCAAAUUCUGUAGUUCAAUUGAUCUCCUUUGGAAUCUACAGACAUUGAUUAUUUAUUCAUCUUCUCCGAACUAUCUUCAUGUACCAAAUGAAAUUUGGAAACUGCAUCAACUUCGGCAUUUUGAAUUUACAGGGUUUCCAUCGAUUCUCCCGAAUCCUCCUAGUGACGACAGUUACAUUGUCAUUAUGGAGAAUCUGCAGACACUCAAAGGAGUUAAGGGUUUGCUAUUGAAUGAGGAGGUGGUUAAAAGAAUUCCCAAUGUGAAGAAAUUGCAUUUAACAUGCACUUUGGAUCAAAAGGGGGGAGAAAACUAAGCUAUCUUCAAUGCUUCAGUAAAUUGGAAUGCUUCAGUAAAUUGGAAAGCUUACGCUGAACCCUAAGCUAUCAAAGUGGUGACUUUUUGCUGAGGAUUAAUUUCCCCAAUUCUAUCAAGAAGUUGGUUGUUCAAGACGUUUAUGGCACGAAGUUUGGCACAAAGUUGGAAGACAUAUUGCCUAAAAUCGGUUCGUUGCCUCUUCUUGAGAAGCUCGUAUUACGUCGUGGUGUCUUCAGAACCAGCAAGUGGGAAACAAUUGAAGGCCAGUUCCAGAAGCUCAAGUUUCUGGAGUUGUUUUCAUGUAGAGGUCUAGUAAAUUGGAUUGUGUCAGACAGCUCCCACUUUCCACUUCUCCAGAAGCUUAGUCUCAAUUAUUUAUCCAAACUCAAGGAAAUCCCAUCUGAAGUUGGAGAAAUAGCAACGAUGAAAUCGAUUUGGAUGUGUCAGUGCAGUGAAGCAGCUGUGGCGUAAGCGAAAAAGAUAGUAGAAGAACGUGAGGAUCUAUAUGGAGAGCAAUUACACCUUGUGGUGAUAGCUUAGAAUGCAAUUUGGUAAACAUUGGACUGCAAAAGAGUCUUGUUUGCUUGCUCUCAUUGUGGAGCUGAGUGAGGCCGGGGCCGAGGGACGGAGAAGAGGGAGAAUGGCCGGAGAUUGGUGGCGCCGUGGAGGGAGUCGACAGUGGCGGCGGCGGAGGGAGAUUCUUCCAUGGCUAUAAACAAAUGUUUAUUUGUAUUUAAUUUUUUGUUGUUUUAGUGAUGUUAGUUAUAUGAUUUUGAAUUUAUUUUAUAAACGAAACUUUGUUAGAGACUAUUUUUUGUGUAGUAUUUUGUGUUCAUGAUUUUUAGAAGAUAAAAUUUCAACUGAUAAAAUUUUUAAGAGCAAGCAUUCUGUUUCUUACUUAUGCUCUACAUAAAAGAAGUAAUAAACAUGCAUUGUGAUUCCAUGUAA